ACUUCUGAAACAAAUUGUAUAACAAAAAUGUGUUCAUUUUCUCCAUUGUAUAUUUUAGCUUUGUCCUUUGUUAUAGUUCACGUUGCACAUGCACAGGACUCACCAACCGAUUACGUGAACGCGCACAACGCAGUACGAUCUGAGGUUGGUGUGUCCGAUAUAGUUUGGGACGACACUGUCACUGCUUUUGCUCAAAGUUAUGCUAAUCAACGUAAGGAUUGUCAACUGAUUCACUCCGGUGGUGGUGGCCGUUAUGGGGAGAAUAUCGCGAUGAGCACCGGUGACUUGAGUGGAACCGAUGCAGUGAAAUUGUGGGUGGAUGAAAAACCUAACUAUGAUUAUAAUAGUAACUCAUGUGUUGGUGGCGAAUGCCUCCAUUAUACUCAAGUUGUUUGGAGAAACUCAGUUCGUCUCGGAUGUGCCAAAGUGAGUUGUGACAAUGGAGGAACUUUCAUUACAUGCAACUAUGAUCCACCAGGCAACUAUGUUGAUGAAAGGCCAUACUAAGUGUGAGACUUUCAUAUCAUCAUCACUUGUUUCAAUUCAGAUAUUGAAGCCAUAUCAUUAUCAUGAAUGUAUAAAUAAAUAAUAACCGAAAAAAAUAUGUACGUGAUGAGUUUCUGACUCAUUAUUUUAAAUAUCUUGAUAGUUCUCAAAUAUUAAAAUUAUGUUUAUGUAUUAACUUGAAAGUUAAUUAUUACCAUCAGUUUAAGAAAUUGUGGUAGUAUUUUAGAUGUGAAAUAUCUCUUGUAUUCUGUCAUGCUUUUGCUUUCUCCAUCAAGAGAUCAUGAAAUAAAUAAAUUUAUCAUUUUGUAUGAUUGCCAAGAAAA